UACAUGUACACUAUUUGGGAAAAAGUUUGCGGACACCAGACCAUCACAUCCAUAUGUCUAUGUUGAACGCCCCAUUCCAGAUUUAGUCCCUCCUUUGCAGUUACAAUAAACACCACUCUUCUGGGAAGACUUUGCAGUAGAUUUGGUAACAUAGAUGUGGAGAUUUUCUUGUUUCAGCCACAAAAGCAUUCGAGAGGUCAGGUACUGAUGUUGGGUGAGGAAGCAUGGCGUGCAGUCAGUGUUUCAAUUCAUCUCAAAGGUGUUCAGUGGCAUCGAGGUCAGGAAACUGUGUAAACCAGUCAAGUUCUUCUACUCCUUGGCAAACCAUGUCUUCAUGGAGCUUGCUUUGUGCACAGGGGCAUUGUUUAGCUGGAACAGGUUUGAGCCUCUUAGUUCCAGUAAAGGAACUAUACAAUUGUGGAAGAACCACAUGUGUGUGAUGGUCAGGUGUCCACAUGUUUUUGGCCAUAUAGUGUAGCUAUAAAACUAAAUAAAAAUCAUACCAUUUUUAGUGCAUGAUCACUAUCUUCAUAUUGAAAUAUUUAGUUUGUUUCUUGUGACAAACAGCUUAAUUAAACUUUUUUUCUUUCUGUCUGCUCUUUACCUGUAAUUUCAUUUCCUGUUCUUGGCUAACCAUGAAGUACAGGGCUAACUUCUGUCACGGCUAGCUAAAUGCUAGCUAGCUAACUAGUCAGUGACCAUCAAUGUUGGCUACGUCUUUUAGUUUACACUAAGCUAUAGGGGCUAGCUAGAUAGCCCGAGGCUAUAAUAGAAUAUGUUCAUCUGUGGUUAUGCACUCAGGUGCAGUUUUACUUGUUAGAUGGUGAUGUUGUGGUUAAUAUUCAUUCAUUAGUAAUUAGAUAAUGAUAACUACAUGCUUAUAGAGAAGACUGAUCUACACUUGAAAACUUUUAAAAGGUUUUUUUUUUUUUGACAAUGCAGUUGACAAUGCUGUACGACAGAGCAAGAACAGUAUUAGCCGGACAUGAGACAUCACGGCAUCGUUAAUAUGGGGAUAUGGGGAUGAUAUUGGAGUAGUAGAACAUCGGUGUUAGUUACUAAGAGGUCACAAAUAACACUGUCAGGACCUUAAAUAUUUUUGCUUGAAUAAAAAUGUUUGGCAUCAUUUCACGAGUAUUUCUUUAAACAUGUAUUAAUUAAUAGAAAUAUAUUGUAUUAGUUUCUGAACUCAAGCCUGGUACAAUAAAAAGUUCUUGGUAUCAACCUAAAACUUCUAAACAACAUCGUGGGUGCAUUUUUUGGUAAGAUAUACUCAUGUGUAUGAUGUGGUAAGAUAUACUCAUAUUCAGUAUUUCGUCAAUACAAUGAAGAUCCGCCUCAGGAAACUGCAGCUCAGUCUGUUAUCAGAUUGAAUCUGUUAUCAGAUUGAAGUUUAAUGUACAUAACCUGAUUUGACAGUAAGCAUUUGAACUAAUGAGACAUGGCUAUGAUAUGCUCCAGCAAUAUGACAAACUCCAACAAUACAUCUGAUGAAUAUGCCGAUUACUAUGGCAUAGCUACUGACAUGUACCAGAUAUGCAACAACAACAAUGUAAGGGCCUUCAGCCAAGUCUUCCUUCCUACCCUCUACAGCAUUGUCUUCAUUGUGGGAUUUAUUGGCAAUGGCAUGGUGUUGUGUGUCCUUGUCAAGUACCACAACAGGUCAAAUGUGACAGAUGUGUGCCUCUUCAACCUGGCCCUUUCAGACCUCCUCUUCCUUAUCUCAUUGCCUUUCUGGGGCCAUUAUGCCGCCAUCUCUGAGUGGACCUUCGGGGGCUUCAUGUGUCAUGCAGUGACAGCGCUCUACAUGCUGGGAUUCUAUGGAAGUAUCUUCUUCAUGAUCCUCAUGACUGUAGACCGCUAUGCCGUCAUUGUCCAUGCCCAUAACUCUCUCUUCUCCAAGCACCGGUCUGUCAGAGCUGGCAUAGCUGUGGCUUUCUUUAUGUGGGCACUUAGCUUGGGAGCUUCUCUGCCAAACAUCAUUUUCUCCAAAGUGAAGAAUGAAUCAGAUGGUAGUACAUGCAAGGUGGAAUAUCCACAAGGGACAGCAUGGGAGUCCUUCUCUUACAUUGAGCUGAACAUCCUCGGCUUGAUUUUUCCUCUCUCUGUGAUGGUAUUCUGCUACUCGCGUAUCAUCCCCGUCUUAAUGGCCAUGAAGUCUCAGAAGAAACACAAAGCUGUCAAGCUCAUCCUUCUCUUGAUCAUUAUUUUCUUCCUCUUCUGGACGCCCUACAACAUCGUCGUCUUCCUGAAGUUCCUGCACAAAUUGGGCUACAUGAACACCUGUCAGUGGGAGAACGACCGGCACAUGGCUGUGCAGUGGGUGGAAACCAUUGCGUUCAGUCACUGCUGCCUCAACCCCAUAAUCUAUGCCUUUGUGGGGCAGAAAUUCAGGAAUUUAGUUCUCAAGAUACUAAAACAGUGGUUUCCUGUUUGCUUUGGUCAGUGCACAACAAUUGUCAGUGAGUUCUCAGAGAGAAGGAGCUCUAUGUACUCACGCUCCUCAGAGAUAUCCACAACAAAGAUUGUGUAGCCACAGGGUGCUGAUGGCAACAGGGUUUUAUCAGAGGAAAUCAAAAAGCUGCAGAUUUGCUCAGCAAUGCACCGCAUUACUGGUGCAACGCUUUCGAUUUUCUAAAAGUAUGUCAUUGCGUUUAUUCAAUUUUGCUUCUUUUUUUUCAGUUGGUGAAGGGAUUCUGUUUUGGUCAUGUGAAAUUGUUUUACUAUACGUUUAUUGUUAGUUAUGCACAGCUUAUGCGUAUGUUUA